UUUUUGUCAGCGUUCUUAGAGCAAGGUCCACAUUUCCUGUCUCAGUUCAGUUAAUUUCUGGAAGAGACACCAAAGCUCACUCACUCUUCAGGUUCUCACUGAACCUACUGUAUCGGGACUUUCACCUCCCAGAAGUCCAUUUUUAUGAAGACUGUUGAGACAGCUUUCCAGGCUAAAGUGUCAUCAUGAUUGUUCCAUUACAAGGUGCACAGAUGCUACAAAUGCUGGAGAAAUCCUUGAAGAAGUACCUUCCUGAAUCCUUAAAGGUCUAUGGGACCAUCUAUCAUGUGAACCAUGGAAACCCAUUCAAUCUAAAAGCCCUAGUAGACAAGUGGCCUGAUUUUAACACAGUGGUUGUCCGCCCUCAAGAACAGGAAAUGAAAGAUGACCUUGAUUUCUACACUAAUACUUACCAAAUCUACUCCAAAGACCCCGAGAACUGUCAGGAGUUCCUGGGCUCCUCAGAAGUCAUUAAUUGGAAACAACAUUUGCAGAUUCAAAGUUCCCAGUCCCACCUGAAUAAAGCGAUACAAAAUCUUGCAAGCAUCCAUUCUCUCCAAGUCAAACACUCAGAAAACAUCCUCUAUGUGGUAUCAGAGACAGUUAGGAAACUGUUCCCUUCCCUGCUGGAUACAAAGAAUUUAUCACCAGGAAAUGGCAAGCCCAAGGCUAUCAAUCAAGACAUGUUUAAACUUUCAUCUUUGGAUGUUACCCAUGCUGCAUUGGUGAAUAAAUUCUGGCUUUUUGGUGGCAACGAGAGGAGUCAGAGAUUCAUCGAACGCUGCAUAAAGAACUUCCCAAGUUCCUGUGUCUUGGGGCCUGAGGGAACCCCUGCAUCUUGGACUCUAAUGGACCAAACUGGAGAGAUGCGAAUGGGAGGCACCGUGCCUCAGUACCGGGCCCAAGGUCUUGUCUCCUUUGUUAUCUAUUCACAAGACCAGAUUAUGAAGAAACGUGGCUUUCCUGUUUAUUCUCACACUGACAAAAGCAAUACUGCUAUGCAAAAAAUGAGUUACUCACUGCAGCAUCUCCCCAUGCCCUGUGCCUGGAACCAGUGGAUAUGUGCACCUAUGUGAAGCUGGACUCAAACACAAGAUGAUGUUGGGUGGGCCCGGGGAUGUAAUUGGAUGGUGAACAAAGAGUGGAGGUGACUGAAAAGAGAGAAUAAAUGGCAGCCAGCUGCAGAAGAGAGCUGCUGCCUGUGCUCUGGGGAAGCAGUGUGAAUGGCCAACAGAUCUCCAUAACUCCCUUUUGUCAGAUUGCUCCUAGACUUCCCUUAAGUUCCUGAGUUUGAAGCAGGACUAUGCUCUUCUGUACUGGACCCAUGUAAUUUAGCCCCUUCAUAUUUCUAGGAUUUAUGUAACAUGCCUUUAUCAUCUGCACAAGGCUCCAAAUGGCUCCUCCUAGAAACCAUAGUACAAAAUUUGGAAACUUCUGCUACCCUUACUAGCAAUAGGGAGAGUAUGUUUUCUGACUACUGUGCCUAUUCCCCUCUGUCUGUCUAUUGCCUUUCCUUCAGUGAUCAGCAAGUGAAUUCUCCUUAUAAUGUCUUAAGGAAGUAGCUGCCCCUCUGUUGGGUGCUUCAUAGAUAUGUUAAAUACAUCAUUAUACAUGGAUCAUAUACUUUAUCAGAUUAAACACAAUAUAUAUAAAACAUCAAAAGAA